AUGUUGGUCGACGACAGAAGCAACUCGCGCACCGCAUCAGCAACAUCCUUCAUUACGUUUUUAGCAAAAAUAGGAUACCCCAAUGCAUCAAGCUUACGUCCCGAACAGCUUUUGUGGGUCUUUGAAAUACCUGAAAUUCAGACGUUGUUUGACUGGCUGUGCAAAAACGUAGACCCCGAAGAGAAUGUAGUCAAUCCAAUCCGAAUGAAAACCGACCAGGCAGCAAUUAACGAAGAGACA